UUGAAUCAGUGAUCAACAAUCAAUUUGCUUUUCACAAUUUGUUUCAACAAUUAGUUUGAAUAAAUUGAAUGUGUCGUUUACCUUUACCAAGUCUCAAUGUGACAAAUUAACUAUUUACAAUUAAAGGUGAAUCAAAGUAAUCACAUUCACUUUAUAAUCAACAAUUAAGUAACAUUAUUUUCAAGCAAAAUUUUUCAUGUGAUGAUUAUUUUCUGAUUCAUAUUAACUGAUUGUUAAGUGUUAAUUGUUUCUCAAUGAUUCCAUACAUGAUUACUACAUCUAAUCUUACCUGUAAUAGUAAAUUAAAUUUCUGCAUUGAUGCAAUUCUAGGAAAGACAAGCUCAUCAUCAUCUUCAUCUUCAUCUUCAUCUUCAUCUUCAUCAUCAUCAUGGACUCACUCUAAUCAAUCAUCUUCAUCUUUGUUCAUCGAAAAUUAUUGUCCAAAUGAGAUCAAUAUCUUUUCAAGUUCGAUUAAAAUGUCCAAUUAUUCAAUCGCGAAAAUAUUGGAUCUUAAAUCGACUCCAUCGUUGGAUGAACCGUUAAAUUUAACGCGGAAAUUUUCAACAAUCAAAGAUUCUGAGACUCGAAAGAAAUCAUUAUGUUCAAAUGUUCAAAUUUCCAAUGAUAAUCAUGACAAUAUAAAUAAAGAACAAUCAACAAUCGUUAAGAAAUCAACGUUCUAUGGACAGAAACAAUUCUCAAGUGAGACUCGAACUUACAAAUGUAAUCAGUGUAACAAACAGUUCAAACGAUCGUCGACUUUAUCGACUCAUUUAUUGAUUCAUUCCAAUAUUCGGCCAUUUUCUUGUUCUUAUUGUGGUAAAUGUUUUCACCAAAAAUCGGACAUGAAAAAACAUACUUACAUUCACACCGGUGAAAAGCCUCACAAAUGUACAGUCUGUGGAAAAGGAUUUAGUCAAUCAUCAAAUCUAAUUACUCAUUCACGAAAACACACUGGAUUUAAACCGUUCGUAUGUGCUGAUUGCCCGAAGGCAUUUCAACGUAAAGUUGAUCUCAAGCGACACAAUGAAACUCAUCAUCCUGAUAUCGAUCAUCCCAACAAUCAACUUGCUCCAUCAUCAUCAUCACAAUCAUCAUAUUUAUCGUCAUUAUCGCCAACAUCUUCAUCUUUACCUUCACCAUGAUGGAGACACUCAGAGGAAACUGAGAAUUAAUUUCAUGGAUUAUUCAGUUAAUCGCAAUUUAAUUAGUUCUUAAUGUUAAGAUAAUUGUCGAAUUUUUUUUGCUUCCAA